AUGCAUGUUGUUGAUUUUAUUCCAAUUCUUGGACAAGAGAAAUCAGUUACAAUUAUUACUUUAUUACAAAAGAGUGUUCAAUCUCCUGAUUGGAGAAUAAGAAAGUCUAUUGCAAAACAAUUAGGAUUAUUAGCUCAAAGCACACCAAUGUAUUCAUCUUAUGUUGAAGAAAUUUGUGUUGCAUUACUUAUUGAUAAUGUUAAUAAAGUUAGACGUGCAGCAGCAAAAAGAAUGGGUGAAGUGAUUAAUGCAUUUUUGACUUGUGGAUAUGUUGGAGCAUCUUCCUUAAUUCAAAAAUUAACAGAUAUGUCUAAAGACCCAAUGAAAGUUAGAAGAGUUGACUUUGUAACAGUUGCUACUUCAUUAUUUGUUGCUCUUCCACCAGACCAAUUCAAUCCAUAUAUCCUUCCAUCUUUAGAACUUGCAAGUAAAGAUAAAGUUAGUGAAAUUCGAAUUGCUGUAGCAACAAACAUUAAAAAGGUAAUGGAAAAACAUGAACAUUACAAUGAUGAAAUUAAAAAACUUUCAGAACAAUUAAAACAAGAUGAAGAUGUUGACGUUAAAUUUAUUAUGGAAAAUGGACCUAUUGAAUUGUUUAAAAGAAAGAAAACUAUCACCCCUGUUGUUGAAGAUCCAUGUGAAAGAAUUGUCUCAUUUGAGGGAUUUGGAAGAAAGUAA